AUGCUGCUCGGACGAACACCUGCCGCCUUGCCAUGGCCAACAGCCUACGGAUACUUCUUCUUUCUAUUGUCAAAGACCCAGGCCAGACUGAAGCUCUUCAGGACGUGCAUGACAAGCUUCGGGCGACGCCACGCAUCUCAACACUAA